AUGCCAUCGUGGCUGCGAAGAAUGUUAGAGAGGGGUUCUAUGUCAAUUUUCACAAAUACAAUCGCCGUAGACGGCACGCUUCGGAGGCGCGAAGCUGUCGAGAACGAGACGCGCGAUGUCAUUCCGGUGCUCGCUCGGUUAUGUGAGCAGGACAAAUCCGUUCAACGUGCUUUUUUUUGCAGCCCAAAGGUCCAUCAGAUCUCGAAGAUCCCCAAAGAAGGAGGAUUUUGCGGGUAUAGGAAUAUCCAAAUGCUAAUCACGUACAUGAAAGAAACUCAACUUCCGGGGCAUGAGCGUUUCCCACAAGAGCUACCCACGAUCUUCCAACUACAAGAUAUGAUCGAAGAUGCGUGGGACAAUGGUUUUAAUAGUGUAGGGAGGGUCGAAACAGGAGGUAUCCGAGGAACUAGGAAGUACAUUGGCACGCCAGAGGCACAAGCGCUGUUCUCGAGUCUCGGCAUACAGUGCGAAGCAAAUAGCAUUGGUGCCUCGAAGGAAGUGCGUGCACAUGACGCACUAUACAUGAAUGUUGCGGCUUAUUUUCGAGAAUCAUGUGCUUUAGAGGAAGGACACAAAGUCAUGCAGACAAACUUGCCCCCUAUUUACUUCCAGCAUCAGGGACACUCCAUGACAAUUAUCGGUUUCGAAAUUCGUGACGGUGGUAGCGCAAACAUACUAGUCUUCGAUCCUAUGUUCCGAACACCUCCAGCAGUGAAGCGGCUCAGAGGGCCCCAGGCACUGACGUCGGACCCCGCACGCGUAUUGAAGGUAUACAGACGAGGCACAGCAUAUCUGCAAAAGUACAAGGUAUUUGAGCUUCUAAAGCUUAAAUAUUCCGCCAAUUCGUCUAGCAAAUAG